AUGCGCUACUCUAGGACUCUUUCCAAGGACUCGAAGAGCUCUUCUGACGUUUCUGCGCCAGCUGAAUCAGUUACGAAGUGGAAAAUUCCCCAUUAUUACCGUAGAUCAAGCCCAAAUAAUGGCACAUCGAAGUCUGAAAAGCAGAAUUCUGCGUCAUCCGACGCUACGAAGGACGGGAAUAAUAUAAAUAUCAUGCGGACUCCUCGGCCAAUUCAGCUUGACGACUCUUCCAGUCAAGGCUCGAAAAAAGGCCCUUUGAGCAAGACUAAAAAAGGUGAGAUGGUGUUCGUAAACUAUACCGUCAAGGACUCUAAGCCGAGCGAAACUACCACUUUAAAAAAGAAAAAGUCCCACAGGAGUCGAAUGCUCAAGAUUUUCGGUUCAUCCACGAGCAUCGUUGAUGAGGAGUCGCGUGAAAGUUCUGAAAGUUUUGACACUUUCGAAAGGUCCAAUUCCAGCACCGAUGCUUCUACUUCCAACGUAUCGUCGCCUCCUUUCCCGACUUCAAAGCGCAAUUAUGCGUCGUUUCUUAGGUGCAGCAAAUUGAACGCCUCUUCGCCAGCGGUGUACACCACUGACCUAACCUCUCCGCAAGAGACGGUCCCCAAAUCUACUCCAUCACCUGGUAAUCAACGUCCGGCGCUCCGUCGCUCGAUUAGUUCGAAUGUGUCCCUUGUCAACAACUUUGGCAGGGCUUCAGUGGAAAUGGCAUUUCAAAAUCAGAGAUAUGGAGCGAAUCCGUCACAAGUAGAAAAUUUAGAGGACGAGGAAUUCGAUCACCAUUAUUUGGAUCAAUAUCAAAAUAAUGGUGAUCCAACUGGUUCGCAUUUCGCCUCUAAUCCUCAUUGGAAUUCACAAAACACAACGACAGCCUUGCGACCUGCUGGAACUGUUGAAAAGGGUGUUGGAGACGAAAAUGAUGCCUCAAUAGCAUUUAGCAAAAUGUUUACCAGAAAAAGAGCGAACACAGGCGGGUCCAUGGGUUCCUUCAUAUCAAGCAAUGCUUCUGGUAACGUUUCGUCGUCUCUGCAUAGAAAUUUAUCGACAAAUUCAGUCUCUUCGAUGGCUCAUAGGUACUCGCCUAAUAGAGCCGGCUCACCUACAAAAAACCUGCCUCUUCUAAGGACCACCUCAAACAGGGCGUCAAGAGAAAUUUCGUACCAUCCGCCACCGGUCCAUUUAGGAUCGGAGGUUGGUUACAAAACUGAAACUUAUCUUGAUUCACAUACCAAGCAUCGGAACAGUCAUAGAAGAAAAAAUGAAUCUAUAUCGGAACUUCAAAGGCUACAGACUACUGGAACUGGAGUUUAUUCAAGUGCCCUCUCUGCUCAUUCUUCGGCGUCAACUCCUUGUUUAGACAGCCUAAGCAGUGGAAUAUCAUCUAUCGAGAAGCCGGGAGCGAAUUUCCUUACUUUAGAGAGGGAGAGCUCUUUGGAAAACGAUGUGUUUGAGGAGCAGGAGACAGACUUCAUUCCCAAUCAACCAGCACUCAGGGAAAUACCGACUUCAACUCGCGAAUUGGAAGGAGAGUUUGACAGCAGCGGUACUAUUUUUUCAGCAAUGACUGCCUCCCAGUCAACUCUCAACAGUUCAGUGGUGUCUUACAGAAGUCUGCAAACGGCGGAAUCGAAUUUGGUUCCAGCUGAUCAGAAUUCCCGGCCGGAUCUAUAUCAUAAAAAUUUAAAUGAGCAUCGUACCGAUAGUCAAGGUGCCCAAAGUUCUUUUACAGGACUUUCGAAUGAUGAAUUUAUUAACCCUCAACAUGAGUUUUUAAUGGAUGCAAAUACAGCUACCCUAUCCCAUUUUUCGGGGCCCCUGCAAAGUGACAAUGCAACAGUGACAUCUAAUUUUGACACUUCGCCCUCCACCAUAACGACAUUCAACCAUUUGAACAUGGGAAGUGGCACACAGGAUGAAAAUCAUUUUCCAAUUGAUAAUCAUAACCAUGGAAAUUUUACGAGCCGAAUUUUGCAUGACAUCGAUUUGAUUGCUCAGUCGAUAAGCGGUGCAGAAAACGAUAAAGGCCUUCAAAAUUGGUAA